UGCAAGUAUAAAUUGGGCAUAUUACAUUCGCGCAACGCGCGAUCACUUUUCUAGUCUCGUGUCUUAAUAAGAGCUAAUAAUCCUAUUUUGAAAUGAAAUUUUCCUUGUUGUGUUUUUUCAAUUACAAAACAAACGGAUCCCGUCGGCGUUGGCAACGGUAACUCGCCGCAAAAGCCGUUUCAUCGUCUUCAACGCGUCCGGAAUGGCCGAGUCACCAACUCGAAGUCCCACCGAACCGGAUACCACACCCUGUCCUUCUCCCCGACCCCAGAUACCGGUAGAGAUCAUAAGUGACGAAGAAAUGGCUCUCAUCGAAGCUGCGUUAUCCGCCGCAUGCCCUUCCGUCUCCUGUUCGACUCAGUUGCAGAGAAGCGUCAGAUCCAUCCACUCAAUAACUAUGUUGUCAAAGCGGAAGCUUUCUGGGUGUAAGGAUUCUGUCAUGUCAACGGUCGGUGACAUUGAGGAUGGCCAGAAUCGGGUCAUAAGUCCCCGCAAGAAGAACCGGCUCAAAGAAUCACUUUUACAACGGUUUCGGAGAAAGAGAGGCUUGGCUGUUACUGAUAUUACUGCCACGGAAUGGUGUGAAAAACAAAUGGAAUAUUUCAUUGUGCUUGGUAGACCGGAAGCCAGCAAAGCUAUGAAAGCUGGUAGCAUGCGACAUGCAGCUCUUGAAGAAGAGGUGAUAAAAAGAGUUAAAGUUCAAACUCAAUGUAUGGAAGAUGUAUGGGCAAUUAAGUUCAUGAAUUUUAUGGUUGGCGUCAAUCAGUUGUUAUUCGAUGGAUUGACACGGGAGUUACCCUUAGUAGGCUUUGCAGAAGGUGUAUGGAUGGUUGGAGUGAUAGAUGAAAUACGAAUGCCCACAGAAGAAAAUGAGAGAUUCCCCAUCAUAGUUGACACUAAAACACGCUUUCGUCCUACUCUUCCUUCCGAAGCACAACGAAGGAAUGGAAGGCUUCAACUGAUGUGCUACAAGCAGAUUUGGGACAACUUAGUUGCUGAUAAAUUUCCUAUCGGCCAGUUCUUUGAUUUCUUUUCAUUGAAUCCCAACUGUAUUUUAUCUGAUGAAAUCCGAGCGAGUACAUCCGGAUCAGGUUUUCCAGCAGAGACCCUCAGUGAAGUGAUGGGGUAUUUUCGGAAUACUUGUUCUAUGCUUCCACAAGCACAUAACCGUCUUUUGUUGAGGUACGAAUUGCAAGAGGAUGAAUCAUUGCUAGGUGAAGAUGAGUUUGAACAUGAUUCAGAUUGGGUCAAUGGUCAAAUAAAGUCUUGUUUAGAAUUUUGGAGAGGAGAUCGUGAAGCUAGUUUUACUCCAAUGGAGGAGCGCUGGAAAUGCAGGAGUUGCAAGUUUGCUUCUGUGUGCCCUUCUACUUCUCCAACCUCUUUAUAAGAAGCGCAGAAAGAAAAGAAAAAGACAUGGGUGACUUGGAACAACUGUUCCCUUCAAAAAUAAUCAUCAGGAGAAGCUGAUUUUUAGAGGUUUCUUCAUAUUGAUCACAAGUCAAUUUAUAUAUGCUUCAUAGUCAGAAGCUUUAUCAUCAUGGAGCAUAAAACUGGUUGUUGUGACUUGUAAUUUAUUGAAAUGGACGUUUUCUUAUCAUUAUUAUCUUGCUUGUAUAUAAUGAUUCUUUUCCAAACAAAUAGUUGUAAAAGCUUUUGAGAAAUGAUAAAAACAUACUAGUAUUACUUUGGAUGCCACUUUUGAU